AGGGGUCCUACAAUGCUUGGAUUCUUCCAAUCAUCCUUCCGUGCCAUUGCCGAUAGUCUCAAGCCUUCUGUCCCGCCGCCUCCGGCUCCCAAGGAGAAUUUGGAGGAUCUCAGCAUACGCCACCUGCUCGUAAGGGCAGAACUUCUCCGGAUGUCCACUCUGAAAUGGGAACGAUUGGCUCGCCUUCCAGAGAGGACUGAAGAUGAAAGGGCUGAAGCAGCACACAUAUAUUCUCAAGUUAAAGAACAGCAUGCGAAGGUCCAAGAAAUCAUCCUGCUUAAGCAACGUCCUCCGGCAAAGAAAUCUGUUUGA